UAACAAAUCGUCAAGUAAAACCUGUUGACAGUGAACUGAGAUAAGGUACAUGAAUGACCUAUUUAAACCACAAAGUUUCUGAAGGACUGAAGAUUUAUAGUCCUAACUUAAACUUGUCACAGAAUGUGGACCGUACUUUUUGUAUCAAUAAUGGCCUUGCUGGUUGUUUCUGAUCAGGAUAUGACAACAAACUUCCAGAAAUACUGUGAGACAAAUGCAGAGUGUGGUCACCCUCUUCUCUGUUGCUCCAUCACACCAGCUUUUGGGAAACGCCAUCUGGGAGUUCCAAACAAACGUCAGAACCUAGACAAGGAUUUCAAUGUUCACUACUGUCUCCCAUACAAAGACAUCAACGCCACCUGGUGUACCAUUGGGACGGAUUAUUCUGUGGACUCUGUAAACUUCCACGGCCUGUGUCCAUGUAGACCUGGAUUGGUAUGUGCCCCAACUACCGAUCUGGACCCACACUGGUAUCCACGGGACAGAUAUGGCAAAUGUGUCCCUGCAUCGUUAUAGUGAAUAAUUAAUGUUUGUGUUUUAGAAAUAAAUGACCUAUAAAUCUGGUAAUUGUUGAGGUUAUCAAUCUUAUAAUGUAAAGCUUUUCCUGUGUUCAUCAUGUCUUUUGUUCCAUUUCAAUGUGUCCUUGGUUCCUGUUGUAUUUUCUUCUGUUUUGGUAUCUCAUCAGUUCCUGUUGUCUUCUCCCAUCCAUAU